UUAACCAUCAUCACCUAGUAAGAACCAGUCGAGCUGCAUAACAUAUCUCUGCUGCUACACCUCCAAGUGAUUCGUAAUCCUCCGCAUUCGGGUGAAGCUUGUCCGCCAACCAAUCCCUGGGCAUCCAUCACAGUUGAUUGAUUUGUUUGAAGUGAAAUAGUAGUGGUCAACGGACUGGGAUAUUAGAUGCACCUACGAUGGAUCUGAGAUCACUGAGUCCCGAGUUUCGAUCCAAGUUAAAGGAAGUCCAGACCAUCGCAAGUCGGGCCACCCGGCAAGAGACUCAUGGAGACUAUGAGCAGGCCUUCUCGCUUUACGUGGACUCGGUGCAGAAAUAUCUUUACUUGAUACGAACCCUCCAGGAUGGCCCUUUGAAAGAACAGCUCAAAGCCAUCUCCUCCAAGUUAUUGAACCGUGCCGAGCGAAUCAAGUCGUCCCGACCCGAAUUAAGUUUGAGAGCACCCGUUCGGGACCGCACAUCUUCAGAGGAGCAAGAUGUAGUUCUUCAAAGAUCUCAAAAGAUCAACGGUCUAAGCUUUCACCCAUGGUCGCCGUCCCAUUUAAACCCAGUAAAUGACCCAUCGCACCCGUCACAGUUGGCAUCAAUUCAACCAGCCUUAAGCCCGGCCCAGAAGCAAGCCUUUCUCGAGUGGAAGUCGAUGAAAGAAGCGAAUCCCAGUCUAGAAGUUUACAAGUCUGACGCGCUGGAUCCAACGGAUAUCGUGCAAGAUAUCGUCACUGAUUGCUCCUUGAUCGCCGCCUUUUCCGUUCUCAUCAAUCACGCCAAACACUUUCAAUCUCAACUCCAUACUGAAUGUUUGUAUCCCAAGGGACCAGACGGUUUUCCGGAAGGGUCUACGGAUGGAAUUUAUCGAGUCAAAUUGUUCCUCAACGGAACCGAAAGACAGAUUUGUGAGCUUGAAGUCCUUCAAUGAUCUGGAAUGCAUCAGCUUAAGAAAACAUGGUAUGAUUUUU